CGUCUCUUCCUAUCUUUAUUCACUUCUUUCAUCUUCUCAUCCUUCUCUGUUGGAAACACCCUGUCUCGGUUUCAAGCUCUCUGCUUAUUUGUCAACUCUACUACUAAGAAUACGCCAAAAACCCUCAGAGUCUUACUGCUAUCCCAUCCCCGCCUACUUAUCUACACAAAUACACAUUACGUACAGUUAGCCAAAUCUGCUAUUAAUAAUAUCUAGCCAUGGCGACUCCCCUUCCACCCGCCUUUUUUAUUCCAGCAACACAGACUGAAAGCCGCAGAGAUCCAUUGAAGCAUGAGGAGCUUCCUCCCCUGUUCCCUGAGAAAAUCACCAUCUUCAACGUCUGGAAGUAUCUCGAUUACAAGCACGUCAUCGGUCUAGGUUUGACGCCCUUGAUUGCCCUAUAUGGUCUCUUGACCACUGAGAUCCAGCGAAAGACAUUGGUUUGGUCCAUCAUCUACUAUUAUGCCACAGGCCUUGGUAUCACAGCAGGAUACCAUCGAUUAUGGGCGCACCGUGCAUACAACGCAGGACCGGCUAUGAGCUUUGUGCUCGCUUUACUUGGCGCUGGCGCGGUCGAGGGAUCCAUUCAGUGGUGGUCGCGUGGACAUCGUGCUCACCAUAGAUGGACUGACACCGAGAAGGAUCCGUACAGUGCUCACCGUGGUCUCUUCUUCUCACAUAUUGGCUGGAUGUUGAUCAAGCGUCCAGGAUGGAAGAUCGGCCACGCUGAUGUCGAUGAUCUUAAGAAAAACAAAUUGGUUCAAUGGCAGCAUAAAAACUAUAUUCCUCUUGUCUUGUUUAUGGGUAUCAUUUUCCCCACUGCCGUUGCAGGACUCGGUUGGGGUGACUGGCGUGGAGGCUACUUCUUUGCUGCUAUCUUACGUCUUGUCUUUGUCCACCAUGCUACCUUCUGUGUUAACUCACUCGCCCACUGGCUUGGUGAAGGACCCUUUGAUGAUCGUCACUCACCUCGCGAUCACUUCAUCACAGCCUUUGUCACACUCGGUGAAGGGUAUCACAAUUUCCAUCACCAGUUCCCUCAGGAUUACCGCAAUGCCAUCCGCUUUUACCAGUACGACCCUACCAAAUGGGUUAUUGCUAUCUGCGCCUUUCUAGGUCUUGCUUCACACCUCAAGACAUUCCCUGAGAAUGAGGUUCAGAAGGGCAAGCUUCAUAUGAUUGAGAAGAAGGUCCAGGAAAAGAAGAGCAAGCUGCAGUGGGGCACUCCUAUUUCUGAGCUUCCUGUUAUGAGCUUUGAGGACUUCCAGGAUGUCUGCAAGAAUGGAGGCAAGAAAUGGAUCUUGCUCGAGGGCGUUGUCUACGAUGUCGCCGACUUUAUUUCUGAACACCCUGGCGGCCCUAAGUACUUGAAUAUGGCAAUCGGCAAGGACAUGACGGCUGCAUUCAAUGGCGGCAUGUAUGAUCAUAGCAAUGCUGCUCGUAACCUGCUUAGUUUGAUGCGAGUUGCUGUUGUCGAAUAUGGCGGCGAGGUUGAAGCCCAGAAGAAGAACCCAUCAAUGCCUAUCUAUGGUAGUGACCAUAUCAAGGCAGAGUAAAUUGUCUCCAAUAUUGAUUUUUCUCCUUUUUUCUUAACACUAUACCUUACUUUUCUCUCUUUUUUUUUCUUUUAAGAAAAGAGCUCCUUGACGCUAUCCAUAAGUGCGUUAUGCAAUUUUGUACAUCAUAACUAUUCCUAUAUACACACGCAUCUGUUUAAUAAAAAACAUUGCUACGUUGAAGCAACUCAAACCU